CGUCUGUUUGACGCAGCUAGCGGUUUAACGGAGCUCGCACGAUCGCCGUGGUUUGGAACAGAGGAUCAAUUUAUUAUACGAAAUAAUGUCUACUGCACUUGAAAGUUACAUCAACCGAACUGUGGCAAUUAUAACGUCGGACGGAAGAAUGAUUGUGGGGACGCUGAAAGGAUUUGAUCAGACCAUCAACUUGAUUCUGGACGAGAGUCACGAGAGGGUGUUCUCUUCCACGCAGGGGGUGGAACAGGUCGUGCUCGGACUGUACAUCGUCAGAGGCGACAACGUAGCCGUGAUCGGGGAGAUCGACGAGGAGACGGAUUCGGCUCUGGAUCUGGGAAACAUUCGCGCUGAGCCUCUAAACUCCGUCGUUCACUGACAGUUGCGAGCGGCUCCAGGAACUGCCCCGCAGCUGCUUCAGGGCAGCACGGAAGGGUGUUCAGCUCGGAGGACGUCUGCUCUGCAAUUUCCAUAUCAAAGGACUUCACUUUAUUACCCUUUCUGAGAGGGGGGGGUUGUAAUUUUUUAAUGUAACUAAGUGUGUGUUCGAUUAAUUUCUGUAAAGUAUAGUUGUGACCAUACAGCUUUGAGUACGCAUUUUCGAAACUCAUGUAAUGUAGACAUUUAAUAGUAUGUGUGUCAGGCAUCCAGAAUAAUACUGGGCGCGCUUAAAGAUAAUCAGGUAAACCAGGGCAGACCAUCUGAAAUUUCUGGCAUCAUUUUCGCAGUUAUUUGAGUAAACAUAACUGUGUUUCUUGUAAGCAUGUGUAAAUACAUGUUUAGAGAAAUUGUACAGGACGUCAGAAUAUAAAGGAGGGCCAGAUAAUGUACCAUGUUUUAGCAUUCAUAGGGAACUGGGGUCCGUCGUCAGGUGCAUUUCACAUCCUGAUUAAAUGUGACGCCGAUCACGCCUGUUUGCCAAGUAAUUUGGUUGUUACUUUAGUGUAAUUAAGUUGGCUUGAAAAAGAUCUCAUCUUCAAAAAAAUCGGAUGGAAUGAUAAAAUAUAGGAAGAACAGUAACUCCUACAGCUUUUCAGCGAAACUUGGCCAAUACCUUCAGCUAGUAUGGAAUUGCUUUGCGUGUGGUUUUGUGUUUAGAAAAAAACCCAAUUAUUUUAGGCAUAAAGAUAUUUAUGAUUUUGCAUUGCAAAGCGUCCCAUUGACUAACAUGGAUAGAACGUUCGAUAUCUGAACAUUCUAACACGUGUAGCUGACGUCACAGCGGGCUCGCUGCAGCGGCCGCAGACACACCGUCUCUCCAGCAAAGCUCGUUACUGCUGGCUGCUACCAUGCUGGGCUUUUCCAGGCAAAUUUAAGCUUGUUCUGAAACUUUCCUUUAGUUCUCACUCUGCUCUGUAUAAUGAUCAGCACACUGGAGGAAGUGGGGUUGCAAAAUCCUCAAAUUAUCAAAAUGGGAAAUUCACCGUGGGAAUUUAUGGGAAUGUUUUUCCCUUUGAGCCUUUUAUGCUCUUCAUCAUCCAUUGAAAUAUACUCUUCAGGACAAAUAAAACAGGCUUUAGGAUAAUUUUAAUAAAACUGAACUUUCUCUCUGAUCUUUGUUAUGAGGUAAAAUCUUACAUAAAUUCUACACCAAAAUAAAAAUGCCCAAUAUCAAAUUAAUGUAAAAAAGGCUAAAUUAUGUUCAGCAUCUUGAUUUGAGGGAACUUUUUGUAUUUAAUCAAAUGGUGGCACUAUUUUGGGAUUCUUACACAUUAAACAAAAGCAAGGUCCCUUGCAUUUUCAUAAGU